AUGAAGCGUUUCGAGCAGUCUGUCCGACAAUAUCUGGAAAGAACCGUUCCUCGUCUCAUGCUGGUUCUCGACCCUGUGCCGGUAGUGAUCGAAGAUGCGGAGGAGCAGGAUCUACUCGACAUUCCCUACUCGCCAAAAGACCCCAAGAUGAGAUCUCACAAAUUGAGGCUGACGAGAAAGGUCUACAUUGAUCGCUCCGACUUUCGGCCGGUCGACAGCAAGGACUACUUUCGCUUGGCCCCGGGCAAAACUGUUGGUUUUCUGCAGAUGCCAUACCCCGUCAAGGCGGUUUCCUUCACAACAGACGACGUCACGGGGGCUGUCAAAGAGAUCACGGCCGUCUUUGACAAGGAUAGAAAGAAGCCCAAGACCUACAUCCAGUGGGUGCCCGAGGGAUCGCCCACGGCUGAAGUACGUAUUCACACAGGCUUGUUCAAAUUAGAGCAUCCCGAGUCUAUGGACAACAUCCUCCCUAAUAGCGAGACAAUCUGGCCAAAUGCCAUGAUUGAAGACGGCUUCCACGAGGUGCGUCGUCGAGCGCCGUGGCCGGAGGAAGAGGGAGAGAAAACUGGUGACUGUGGGCCCGAGAACGUCAGGUUUCAGGCUAUGCGCGUUGCCUAUUUUGCGCUGGAUUCAGACAGCACUGAUGACUCUAUUGUACUCAACCGCAUCGUGUCCUUGAAGGAAGACUCCGGAAAGAGUAUAUAA